AAAGUUUUGAAAACGAAACUGGAUAUUUUAUCUCUAACAGCUUUCAUACUUCGUUCACCCUGUGUUUCCAAGUUGUGCUAGCUAUUUGCAAACCUUGGAAUAUUACUUCAUCCAAAUCCCUUGCAGAGAAGAGAAAGAUAUGGCUUUGAUCGGAGAGGCCCUCAUCUCUGCUACCAUCCAGACGUUGUGUGACAAAAUUGCUUCGCCUGAGUUCACCGACUUAUUUCGGCAGAAAAAGCUCGAUGAACAACUCCUCAACAAGCUGAAGACGACGCUGUUGACCUUGUCCGUAGUGCUUAAUGAUGCAGAGGAGAAGCAAAUUGAGGAACCUUUAGUGAGAGACUGGCUUGACAAUCUCAGACAUAAUGUCUUGGCUGCGGAGGACUUACUGGAUGAAAUCGACACUGAAGCUUUGCGAUGCAAACUGGAAGAAGGUGAAGGUCAAACCCACAAUUUAACCAAGAAGGUACGUGAUUUUUAUCAACGCAUGAAUGUUGAGAUGAAAGAUUUAUUAGAAAGAUUAGAACAAUUUGUACAAGAGAAAAGUGCUCUUGGUUUGAGAGAAGGUGCUGGGAGGAAGGUUUCACAAAGAACAACAACUUCCUUGGUUCAUGAACCUUGUGUCUAUGGUAGAGAUGAAGUCAAGGAAAAUCUGUUGCAAAUUUUGUUAUCUGAUGAUGCAAGCAAGGAUGAUGUGUCUGUCCUCACCAUUGUUGGAAUGGGCGGGGUAGGCAAGACAACCCUUGCCCGACUGCUUUACAAUGACGAUAAGGUGAAAGAACAUUUUCCACUUCAAGCUUGGGUUUGUGUUUCGGAAGACUAUGAUUCUAAUAGGAUAACUAAAACUCUUCUAGAGUCAGUCACUUCAAAGUCUUCUGAUAAGACAGAUCUAAAUUUGCUUCAAGUUGAAUUAAGAGAAAAACUCCAGGGAAAGAAAUUCUUAUUUGUGUUGGAUGACCUAUGGAAUGAGAAAUAUGGUGAUUGGAAACGCCUCCAAACUCCUUUUACUUCUGGGGCAAGGGGAAGUAAAGUCAUUGUAACAACACGGAGCCAACAUGUAGUAUCUGUCCUGCAAAGUGUUCAUGUUCAUCACUUGGAACCCUUGUCGCACGAAGAUUGCUGGUUCUUACUUGCAAAACAUGCAUUUGGAAAUGAAAAUUGCAGUGAUCCAAACUUGGAAGAAAUUGGCAAGAAAAUUGCACACAAGUUCAAUGGGUUGCCUUUAGCUGCAGAAACACUUGGGGGUUUGUUACGUUGCAAUAUAGAUUCAGAGGAAUGGAAUACAAUACUAAAUAGCAGUAUUUGGGAGCUACCCUAUGAUAAAUGUGACAUUCUUCCGGCUCUUGGGUUGAGUUACCAUUAUCUCUCCUCCCAGUUAAAACGAUGCUUUGUUUAUUGUUCAAUUUUUCCAAAGGAUUAUGAGUUUAAAAAGGAAGAUAUAGUUCAAUUUUGGAUCGCAGAAGGUUUAAUUCCAAAAGCUGAGAAUGGAAAGAGCAUAGAAGCGGUAGCUAGAAAAUACUUUGAUGAGCUGUUGGCACGAUCGCUAUUUCAAAAGUCAAGCAAAUCCGGUUUCACAAUGCAUGAUCUCAUUAAUGACUUGGCCAUGUUCAUGUGUAAGGCAUUUUGCCUUAGGCUAGAAGGGGGGGAAUCACAUGACGUAGAAAAAGUUCGGCAUUUUUCAUAUGCUAUAGAAAGAUUUGAUGCAGCUCCAAAAUUUAAGCCAUUACAUGGGGCUAAGUUUAUGCGGACCUUUCUACAAGAUUUGUUGCCAUCACUAAGAUGUUUACGGGUGUUAUCAUUGUCACGUUAUCAAAAUGUUACUGUGUUACCUGAUUCUAUUGCAAACCUCAUUCACUUGCGCUACUUGGAUCUUUCCCAUACCGCUAUUGUUUCUCUCUCCUUGAAUUGCCUACAGACAUUAGAAAAUUGAUUAAUUUACAGAAACUGAC